AUGGCCGAGAGACUGAUUUUGGUCCCUGUCGCCUUGGCCGUCACACAGGUAAACCAGGGCAACAUGCCAGGCCUCCAGAAUACUUUCCUGGCCAUGGACACGGAGGAGGGCGUGGAGGUGGUGUGGAACGAGCUGCACUUUGCCGACCUGAAGGCCUUCAAGGCUCACGAGGAGAAGGUCAAGACGGUAUUUGAGCAGCUGGUGGUGGUCGACCAUCCCAACAUCGUGAAGGUUCACAAGUACUGGCUGGUGGUGAAGGACUCCAUGGCUCAGGUGAUCUUCAUCACAGAGUACGUCUCCUCCGGCAGCCUCAAGCAGUUCCUGAAGAAGACCAAGAAGAACCACAAAGCCAUGAAUGUCCGGGCGUGGCACCAAAUGGCUCUGUGUGGACUCUCUCCCCCCCCCUCCUGCAGCUACCUGCACGCCUGCGACCCUCCCAUAAUCCAUGGCAACCUCACCAGUGACACCAUCUUCAUCCAGCACAACGGGCUCAUCAAAAUCGGGUCAGUUUGGCACAGAAUCUUUGCCGAGGCCAUCCCGGCGGACCUCCGCAGCCCCAUCCGCGCUGGCCGAGAGGAGCCGCAGAACCUGCACUUCUUCCCUCCGGAGUAUGGCCGGGCGGCUGAUGGGACGGCCGUGGACAUCUUCUCCUUCGGGAUGUGUGCGCUGGAGAUGGCCGUGCUGGAGAUCCAAUCCAAUGGGGACGCCUGUGUGUCAGAGGAGGCCAUCGAGCGGGCCCGGCACUCCCUGGAUGACCCCAACAUGCGGGAGUUCAUCCUGAGCUGCCUCCUCCUGAACCCGGAGCAGCGGCCCUCGGCCCACAACCUGCUCUUCCACCGCGUCCUCUUUGAGGUCCAUUCCUUGAAGCUGCUGGCCGCCCACUGCUUCAUCAGCAACCAGUACCUGAUGCCGGAGAACGUGGUGGAGGAGAAGACCAAGAGCCUGGACCUCGACAUGGUGAUGGCGGAGAUGAGGCGCCAGGGCCGCCCGCCCGUGCAGUGGAGGUACUCGGAAGUCUCUUUCCUGGAGCUGGACAAGUUCUUGGAAGAUGUCAGGAACGGCAUCUACCCCUUGAUGAACUUUGCCACCACACGGCCCCACACCCUCCCACGGUCCGCCUCCCAAGCCCCCGAGGACCCGCAAAAGGCCGCCUUGACCCCCACCCCAGAGCCCUUCAGCGUGGAGACCAGGAAGGUGGCGCAGAUGCAGUGCAAUGUGGAGUGGAGCGAGGAGAAGGGCCAGUGGCACCUCACUCUCCUGCUGGUCCUGGAGGAUAAGCUCCAUCGACAGCUCAGCUACGACCUGCUGCCAAGUGAGUGUUGGACUCUUCCUUGCAGAGUGGCCAGGCCCCAAGAGGAAUAA